AGCGUGCGGUCCUUCGGGCUGCAGGGGGCGCUGUGCGCGCCCACGGGCGCGGCCGCGAGCGCAGCUCUUGUUUAAAGGGCCGGCGGGGCACGUGGCCCGGACGCAGCAGCUCGCGGCCGCCGGGCUGAGGCUCCGAGGCUGGGCGGCUCCCCCGCCUCCGCCGCCGCCAGCGCGCCGGGCCCACGGGCCGCCGAGGGGAGCCGCGAGCGAGGACGGCAGCCAUGGCCGAGGCGGCGCCCGAGCGGGCGUCAGAGAGGGAGAGGCAAACGGGGGAUGAGAGACCUUCGACAACUUCUCCAUCAUCCCCGCAGGCUGCGGAGAACUCCUACCUCUACUCCACGGAGAUCACCCUGUGGACAGUGGUGGCCGCUGUCCAGGCCUUGGAGAAGAAAGUGGACUCCUGCCUGGCCCGCUUGCUGACUCUGGAGGGACGGACGGGGACGGCUGAGAAGAAGCUGGCGGACUUCGAGAAGACGACCUUGGAGUUCGGGAACCAGCUGGAGGGCAAGUGGGCCACGCUGGGGACCCUGCUGCAGGAGUACGGGCUGCUGCAGAAGCGGCAGGAGAACACGGAGAACCUGCUGAGGAACAGGAACUUCUGGAUCCUGCGGCUGCCCCCGGGCAGCAAGGGGGAGGCCCCCCAGGUGCCCGUGACCUUUGACGAUGUGGCCGUGUAUUUUUCCGAGCUGGAGUGGGGCAAGCUGGAUCCUUGGCAGAAGAAUCUGUACAAGCACGUGAUGAGGGGCAACUACGAGAUGCUGGUCUCCCUGGAUUACGCCAUCUCCAAACCAGACAUCCUCACUCGGAUAGAGAGGGGAGAGGAGCCUUGUCUUGAAGCCCUGUGGGGCCAGGAGGAGGGGGAAGAGAGAGAGGCAGCUUGCCCAGGCAGGCCAGACGCUGUUCCAGAGCACAUUCCCAGCCCAGUCAGGUCUGACCAGGAGGGUCCACGUGAAAGGCAGAGCCCCGAGCACCAGAGAGACUCGGGAGCAAGAGUGACUCCACCGGGAACAAGCGCGGGGCCCCCAGCCAGAGCCAGCGUUUUGUCCACAAUUAAACAGGAGGAAGAUUCUUCAGAUGGGGAGUCCCCUAUCUCCCCUCCUAGGAGCAUCCUGCCCAGCGUGGGUCUAGGUGGUGCUGCCGGUCUGGUCAUCAAGACAGAAGCAGAGUCUGAGGACGAGAUGAUGCCGGAGCAGCUCUUCCUGGGGAAGCCCCCCGGCCAGGCCCAGAGCACAGCCCCCCAGGGGCCCAACAGCAGGAACGGGGGUCCCCGCCAGCUUCUUGCCCAGGGAGUGCCCAGGGUACGGGCCGGGGACCCGCAGCCUCGGCCCGCAGGGGCGGCGGGCGAGGUGCCCCGCACCCUCCCUCGCCGGCGGGAGCGGACGUUCCCCUGCCCCGACUGCGGGCAGAGCUUCCGCCUGAAGAUCAACCUGACCAUCCACCAGCGCACCCACGUGGAGGAGCGGCAGCGCCAGGCGCGGGCCAGCUCGCCCAGCGAAUGGGGGGAGGCGCCCUCGGCGCUGGAGCCCGGGGAGGUGGUGGUGUCCGGGCCCGUCAUCCGCUGGCUCCCCGAGGAGCCCCCGGGCCGCCGCGCCCUGGCCGGCCGGGCCUUCGCGGGGCGGCGGCCGGCGGCCAAGCUGUACCACUGCAGCGAGUGCCUGUGCUUCUUCCAGCGCCGCAAGAGCCUGCUGCUGCACCAGCGGCUGCACACGGGCAACGGCCAGGGCUGGCCGGCCUGCCCCUACUGCGGCAAGGCCUUCCGCCGGCCCUCCGACCUCUUCCGCCACCAGCGCAUCCACACCGGCGAGCGGCCCUACCAGUGCCCGCAGUGCGGCCGCGCCUUCAACCGCAACCACCACCUCACCAUCCACAUGCAGACCCACGCGCGCGGCCAGGCCUGCGCCUCGCCCCGCGCCUGCCCCGGGAGCCCGCCGCGGCCCCCGCCCGGCCACGCGGAGGAGGGCUGACCCGGCAGGAGCCCAGGCCCCGGCAGGUGCCUCUCUCCGCCUGUUGGGCCUGAUGCUGGUUCCUAGUUCUGGGAUGGCUUUGGAGAGAUUUUUUUUUUUUUUUCUUAUUCAAAUGGGAAGCAGCAGCCUUCUUGGUGACAGUGUAUGAGGGCGACAGUUGCCUCCAUUUCCUGUUCCUCGGUUGGUCACUCUUCGCUGCCUGUUCUACAUUCCUGAGUUAUAAAGGACCCCCUAAGGCUUAGGGGUGCCGUGUUUUGGGUGGGGGCCUUUGCAGAUUCCGUGGACAGCACGUGGACCAGGGACCACGGUUCUUUCAGUAGCGGUGAUGGGAACAUUGAGGUGCUGGGUGUUGACUGUGCACAGAGGACUGGGGCCUGCUGCACAGGAGAAGCAGCGGAGCAGACAGGAAGCCUGAAGAACAGGCCCUGGAAACUAGGCUUUUCUACUUUGUUACUUUGAAACUUUUUUUCUCCUUACGAAGCUUUUCUGGUGCUUUUGUAAGAGUUGUGUGUGGUUGCCAAGGGGACCACAAGCCUCUGGGGGCCAGGACUGUUCUGCCACCUGCCUGUGUGUGGGGACCAUAGAGCGCAGCCCAGACCAGCCUCGGCGUUGAUGGGACGCUCUGGUUGCUGCCCUGGAAACCAGGUGUCUGCUUGUCGGCCCAGAGUGAUUCCGUUGUUCCUGGCCUUCCUGUAUGGGGGUGAUUGACUUUGGUUAGCGGUAGAGAAGUGGGCACUGAAGCCCAGAGUGGAUGACUUCCCCGGCGUCUCCGUGUUCCAGGCUGUGCAUGCUCCAUGCCCACAGGUCGCCACAAGGGGGAGCCUCAGGAAGAAGCCCAGGAAGCUCCUCCUGAGCAAGAGGUCCAGGUUUGGGUGAGGCUGGUCUGCCGCCUGGGUGGUUUGUCAUGUUAAAGGAGGGAGGCAUGUCUCCGAGAAUGAGGGUCUUCUGCAGAGCUAGACCAGGAGAUCUGGAUGAAUGUGUUCACCACCACCAGCCAGCCUGGUGUUCCUCACUUACCCCAGCGCAGCCUACCUCACCUUAGGGUUGUCAGGGUCGUACUAGAUUAAGAGGCAACCAAAUAGGAAGCCUGAUCGCUUCCUUCCUUUCACGUUCGGGGCUGUGUCUCUCUUCUUUGUUGACCUCCAGCCCAUUCUCUCAGAGUCCACCAGGAAGAGCCUUUAUUUUUGUGAAGUGAGUGGAAGGUCAGGUAGGUGCUGAGCGGGGUGACUUUUUCAUUGGUUAUAUCCCCCGGAGCGCUUUGUGUUUCAGUGAGACAAAUUCUUACCAAAUCAGAGAGUCAAACUGUGAAUGCUCAGGCAUUGGCAUCAGGCUCAUGGAGAAGUCUUAAAUCCUCCUCCUCUGGGUGCUGCCUACGGACCAGCCCUCAGGUUGGGUGAUUUUGAAGCUUGGGCGAUGGGUCCUCAGCUGUUCUGACAGUCUUAUUUGUCUGGCACUAUGUGAAGAGGAUUGCAUCCAGGUGCCUGGGUCCCUGGCUGUGCCCCCUCUGACUGCACAUGAACAGAGUUUGGGGCAGGUGGUAAUAUUGCCAUCAUCUCUGGGGCACGAAUGAGUCUACAAGUCAGUGCCAGCUCAUCCAAGCACCUCUGGGAAAAGAGGUGCCCACUGUUUGUCUAUUCUGGUACCCCUCCGCCCCCUCUGGGGACCCCACAAGUCUGGGCAAGGCUGUCAGCAAGUGCUCAAACGGAAUAUGGUGCCAGUGUAACUGCUCUGAUCUUAACCCUCAGCUGCAAGAGCUGGUCUCAGGUGUUUCCUGGGGAUGCCUAGGGCUAAGAGUUCCGAGGCCCGGUUUGCUAGCUAAAUGUCCUGUGUCAAUACAGGCACUCCUAGAAGCCACACAUGAGCAAUCGCAAGGCACUGAUGUCCCCCUUUCUCUUUCCAAAGCAGUAAACGUGCUGGGCCCCCGUCAAGGCCUUGUGAGUGCUGACACCCAAUAGGUGUUCAAAGAAAGUCCGCGCUUCAAAACGAGUCAGGGGAGCCUGAGUGUGGCAGGAGCAGAUUGGACCUCUGGGACUCCAGAGGCUGGAGCCUGGUGUGGCCUUACACUCACUCCCAGCUCUGGGCCGUGGCCUCCUUGUUUGUAAAACAAAGGAAGGUGGAAUGCUGGUGUUCAAGGACCUGAAGAACUGAUGGUGGCAGUUCCUUGCCUCAGUCUCGAGUCAAUAAAUAUAUUGGACUAAUA